AACUACCCAUGUCCAAAAAUCCCCGAACAUGAAGCCACGGAUGCUUGAACUCUCCCGCCACUUCGUUACCUUUCAUGGCUUCCCAUUCCCUCUUCUCUCUCCACCUUCCCAAACCCCAUCUUCUUCGAGCCUCCUCCGCUACCACUGUCCAGUCUCCUCCCCAAUCCCUGGAGAAAAGAUUCGGAAGAAAGGGCAUCAAGUUCUCCGAUUCCGGCGAUGUUCCGACGGUUGAGCUCAGUGUUAGGAACAGGAGCUCUCUAAGGCUUCAAAUCGCCGACGGAAUCGUUACUUCUUACACUAAAGUUUAUUGGAAGGACGAUGAGUUUGAGGAGGUGCUUUACACGAUUAGGGAUGGGGAUUCGUCGCUGAAGGGCGGUUAGGGUUUGGUUCUUAACGGUGUUUCGCGAGAUGGCUCGGCAUGGAGUGCUUCGAAGUGGUCCGUCAAGGAUGCUGAUUCCGAUUCCAUUGAGGCAGUGCAGGUAGAAUUAAGCUGCGCAAAUGUCGACGGGUCUCUCGACAUAUCAUAUGUUGUCUCCCUCUAUCCGCUAAGCAUGGCCACUGUAAAGCUUACAAGGAUGCUCGGACACAUCAGAUUUAAAAGCCAAGAAGGUUCUGCAAUCCAGGGACUCAGAGGCUGCUCCUAUCGUUCACAUCCACCACUUGAUUCAAGUUUUGGUCUUUUAUCUCCAUACGAUGAGAUGGACGUAAGUACUGAAAUCUAUGAGCCAGAAGCUUGGAAGGUAGAGGAUAAUCUAUAUACAAUCCUGAAACAAAAGCUUAGUAGGGUGUACGCUGCUCCACCGAGUGAGAGAAUGAAGCGCAUCUACAAUACUUCUCCUUCGAAAUAUCAGACUAUCGAUCAGGUAUGUAUUCCUGUAGAGAAGGUAGCACACAAAGUACAAAUGGUAUUUUAGUCUUCCUGAUUUUGACUUCAUAAAUAUACAGUUAGAGAAGGUAGGACCAUAUUCACAUGAUAUUAGAAAUCAAGCAAUAAUUUUCCUUGCA